UUCGGCAACCGCCCGGCCAUCUUAAAAUCUGUAAAUGUAAAUUCCAAAUUGUAAUGCACCCGGCGUAUCUACAUAUUAUUUUCUUUUUCAUUUAAAAUAAAAUGUAACUUUGAAUUUAAUGCCGUGGUAAAUUUGAGGACCUUCUUAGAUUUCAUCUAAUAGGCCCAUCCAACCAUGUAGGCACAAUACAGAAAAACAAUUAAAUAGAUGAUCCAGUCAGCAGCCAUCAAACAAUGACAAGAAACAGAAAUUAAAUGGAUCACACCUAAAUUAAAUAUGGCAUCUACAAACACAAAUCCAUCCAAAACUAAGACAACAAUUGACAUUGUCGGUGGAAUAUAUUGCAAGAUAUGUAGCAAGACAUAUGGAAAUAAAAAAGAUUAUGAUUCCCAUUACCAGGAACACAGUAAAGAUAUUGAGUAUACUUGUGUUGUCUGUCACAAGGAUAUAUCUGGAUAUGCUAGCUUCCGCGGACAUUGCUAUACUAGCCAUGUUAUUAAAAACAGAUUCAAGUGUGAACAAUGUUCCAAAACAUUCUCCAAAAUGUCUGCACUGAAGGAUCACAUAAACUUAAUACAUCAAAAUCAAUGCACAACUUGCAAUAAAAAAUUCUCAACCAAAAAAGAGCUACAUUUACAUAAAAUAAUCCACCGUAGCAACGAUGGACCCCCAUUCCAGUGUCAAGAAUGCAAAAUUAACUUGGACUCCUUAGAUGCCUGCAAAACGCAUGUAGAUGUACAUUUAACAUUUACCUAUUCAUGCCCAAUUUGUGAAGAGAUUAUACCCCAAAAGGAAUUUGCUACGGAUCAUCUAAAACAACACUUUGGCAAUGUAACUUCGGAACAAGUAAUAUACGAAACAAUAAAUUCGGCGAAUACUGCUCUGGAAAAGCUUGGUGGGAUUUCUUGUUACUUUUGCACCAUGAUAUUGCCCACUAGAUCUGAAUUUGAUGCACAUUUUCUAUAUGAACAUGGUGAUGAAGACAUAUUGUAUACAUGUGUGGUGUGUGGGAAACCGUUUGAUAAAUAUUCAAGUUUCAGUGAGCAUGUCUACAACCACUUUACAAAAGGAAGAUUUGCUUGUGAUCUGUGUCCAAAAUCGUUCCCACGUCUGUCUCUGCUCGUGACUCACAUUUCAGUAUGUGCAAACUCCGAGGAUGGCAAUAAUGAACCGUUUGUCUGUAUCCACUGCAAUAAAUGCUAUGCCACUGAGCAGAGAUUGGAUUAUCACUUGCAGAACGCUCACAAACAGCAAAACCUCAAGUGUCCGGAGCCAGGCUGUGAUAAAAUAUUUGAUAAAUGCCACAAGUUCAUUCUCCAUCAACGCCACCACAACACAAACAUGCAGAACUGGUGUCGUCAAUGUGGAAUGCUGUUUACUUCUCUCGUUUCCUGUGUGAAACAUUUAGAUAUACACAAGAAGAAACAUUUUAUCUGUCCGGUUUGCAACAGACAUUUUGCAGAGAAGUACAUGAUCACACCACAUCUUCCACAACAUUUUGAAACUACACUCCACAUUUGCAAUAUUUGUGGCAAAGUCUACAAUGCUAAGUUCCGUUUGAUUCAACAUAUGAAAACCCAUGCCGAGAAGAAAGGCUAUAAAUGCAAUUACUGCCCCAUUAGUUUCACAAAUUCAGCAAAUCUAGAGCAGCAUAUGCACAUACAUACGGGUGUUAAGCAAUACCAUUGUGAUAUUUGUGUCAAGUCAUUCACAUCAUAUCCAAAUUUUUAUAAACACAUGAAUAAAAUCCACAAAAUUUUAUUGAAAAAAACUACAGCUGCAAAGAAUAUGCCCAUUGGCGAAAAUACCAAUGAGAACUUAAAUGAAAAUAACAAUCUUAUACAAGAUUUGAAUGUUUGUAUACAAAGUAAUCAUAUUGACAGUCAGAAUCAUGAUUUGAAUUUAAAUCAGAGCAGAGUUGAUAACAACAAUGAGUUAGACUUGGGUCCUGUUAAUUUUGAUGCAGAGAAUGGUGAAAAUUUGUCAGCCCAUAUUUUGUAUGAACCAGAUCCGGACUGUUUGGAUGAUACACAUAUUAAUGCUAAAGAGUCAUUGUUUGACACCGUUAUGGAUGAUCAAUACAAAUCGAUAGAAACUAACAGUACCCAAAUAGAUUACAUCUCGACAACUGCUGUAGAACCAAUAGAGAUCAGUUCAAAAAUCCCUCCAGAAUAUGGACCAGAGUUCUCAAGCAAUAUUGACGGAACGAGCAUUAUAUGUCUAGAUGAUCAUGUCUUACCACACAUUGACCCGUUGCUGCCUCAUUUGGAUCCUCUAAUGGUAAAAAAUGGUAUAGAUAUGAAUGAUCCAUUUAAUAUUACAGACGAGAAAUGGGAGCCACCCAUUAUAACAAUGUUCUAUCCAGAUUACCAUGGUUAUGAAAUGUCUGAAACUAAUAAUAUAGCGUCUAUGAUUAACGCUGACAUAUUUUAAAUGUUACAUAGUUGAUAUAUCAAUGUUAUGGUUGAAAUGGUCUUUCACACUUUAAUUGAUUGCAAUUUUUACUGUAUGUAAUAGUGUUUUAUUAUAAUCAGGUAUAUUUAAUGUUUGGACAUGUUUUUAUGUGUAAGUAAUUUGACUGAAUAAUGUGAGGGUAGAUGAAAAAAAUGCUUUUUGCUUUAUAAUUGGCAAAGGACAAUUUAAUUACAUAUUAUCAGAAACUACAUUUUAUAAGGCAUUGUGUCUCAAAGUGUACAAAAUGAAGGUAUUUCUGUAACAUAUUCUUCUUCAUAUCUGUGCCCAGAAAAUUUGUUGUAAAUAAAAAUUAUAAAACAAUUAGUGUUUUACAAUCUACUUUCAUGUUAUUAACCUUAAUAUAUUUUUACAAUAUUAGUGUUGUGAACCGUCUGCACUAGCAAUUUAUAUAAUAUAUCUAUACAUGUUGUCUAUUUUAUGUGUAACAAUAUUAAAGACCAUUUCAACUAUCUGUAAUGCUACCUCACUAAUAAUUACCUCACUAACCCGUAGGAUAUAAUUAUUAUGAUACUUUAACAUAUAUCCCACCAGAUUAGACAUAAUAUGCUACCUCAUUUAGUUGUAACGAUUUCACUUGCUCUUCUGUCAAACACUGUCGGUUUGAUUUGUGUGAUUAAGUCGAGUGAAUGCUUUUGUUUUGAGUUUGUUUUUUUAUUUCUUAUGCUUUGCAAGUAGAUGUGACCUAUAAAAAUCAUACUGAAGGACUAUUAUGUAUCUAUUCUAAUUAAUUAUAUAAAACUUUAUAUUUGAUAAUAUUGUAAAACGAAAGUCGAGUCUAAUGUUUAUUACAUUUCAGCGUAAGAGUGCAUUGCAUACCCAUCUAACCUUUCAAGUAUUUAAAAGUAACCUUUCAAAUAUUUAUUAGUCAAUUUCUUUGAACAAUGACAUUCAUAAUAGACCUACAGAUAUGGUUGGUGUUGUUCUUUGUCCGUUCAGCAAAAUUCUAAAAGCAUAAUUUCCAGGUCUAGGCUUAGUUUGCAACCAGCUUUUUCUGUAUAUUCAGCGUAAAAGCGGCACUUUUUCUGCAUUUAAAUUUGCUUGAUUCGCGCCACCGUACAUAAUAUGUAAUAGUAACUUCAUUUUGAAGACUUCAUUUUAUGGUGGCUCGGAUAAAAAUUUCGAUUCCUUUUUUUUAAUUAUUUUAAGAGUUGCGAGGCCAAGCCUCGCAAUUUUAGUGUAAGUGAAUCGAUAGUGCUGUGAUAUUUUUAUGUAUAUUAGUUGGUAAGUGUAAGUUGAGUACAAAUAAUGUUAAUAAGCAUAUAUUGUGUCAUCGAAGGUCCGUCUCGGUUUGAUAAUGGUGAUUAUAAUAAAUUGUGUAGUAUGAAAUGAUAAUAAUAAUAUUAUAUAUAUUAUAAAUAUAAUCAUCUGAUAAUUUGGGAACUAUAAGUAGUAAUGUUUUAUUUAAUAAAUAAUAAAAAACCAAUAAAGUAGUACCUAUAUACCAUAUAUACCAUAAAGUUGUUGAUGUUCCUUAAUUAAAGAUAUCACACAUGAGGUUAUACUAUUAUUGUUUUGUUUUUUUUUCAUUUAAUAUGUUCAUAUAGUUUUACAGGUUGACCAAUAUUUUUCUAUUAUCUUUAUUAAAUCGAGACGAGGCUAAAUUCACGUGGAUUCACGUAUCAACAGAAGUAGAGCAGAGGAAUGCGACGGUAGAAGACCUACUAACUUCCUGUUGCUAGAAAAAAAAUUGUUUACGUAUUAUUACGUAUCAGCCUAUAUUUACGUGCGGCGAUUCAAAGUGAAUGCGAGGCACACGGCCGUUGUAGAGAUACAAAGAUUUAUAAUAUUCGACAUAUAAGAUGCGUGGCAUAUUGAGAAGAUAACAAUGAAUUAAUAUUUAAGCGAAUUUAACUCCGAAAUAUAUUUUCGAGAGAGUAUAAAUUAUUUACAAACGAGAACACGGAGUCUUAGAGGUAAUCGUAUCCAAAGACUGUAUCGUAUCUUGUAAGUUGGUAAGACCGGAUUGUUAAACAGGAGUACCGUACGAUUCAGCUUGAAACAGACUAUGGCUUCGACGCGGACGCCUUUGAACUCCGAAUUGGACAGUUAAAUAUGGGGUGGUUCAAUUAUUACGUAAGUAAACUUACAAUCUAUUCGUGGGCCUAUAAAAGCAAAAUUAUUGAACUUUUACUUUAUUGAACUUUUAGUAAGUAUGCUUAUAUAAUAUUUGAAUUUGCACCCUGGAACGAUGAAAACACAGUUUUGACAAGAUUAAUUGACAACAUGAGCCACGAGCUGUGCCUCUAAAAGUGAUGAAAUUUAAAGAAAUUUUCGAAAUUGAAAUUGAUAUUUUAUAGUGCGCUUGAAUAAAAAAAAAACUGUAUUCAAUAUUGUACGUGUUUCAUAUGUGGACGUGAGAAGGUAGCUUCAAAAACCAAAACAAAAUGCAUAGAGCAUUAUGAUUCUCGUGUUAAUUACUAAACUUAAUUUAGUUUGGUUGUUUAAUUAAAUUGAGGCCGACUUACAUUUUGAACAUGUAUCUAUAGUAACGCGCAGUUUAAAUCUAUGCAAGCUAAGCAGUAAUAAUGAAUACACUGUGGCGAUACAGGUAUAUUAUUAAUAUGUAGUUGAUAACUCAUUUCUUACUCCCUAAAUUCCUACCACAGUCUUGCAACCAGUGGUAUUAUAUAGGUUGAUGUAUUGGGAAUUACUACUUACUUACUACAAUUGGAAAAACUAUUUUCUGCUGGUAAUAUAUCGCCACAGAGUAUUUCCCCCCUUGCUAUAGUACCAACAUCUUGACAUCUAAAUACAUAGUUUAUAAUUGGUGGUGUUAGACAUAAUGUAAUCGUCAUAAUUCAAUGUAAUAGUACUUAUUCAGAAAACUAUCUAUAUUCAUAAUGUUUGUAUUUGUGUCUAUGUACUUUGUCGCAAAGGCAACAAGUUAAGUGUUUUUUUUUUCUACUUAGAUAUUUGACUACGCUUGCCGAACUUAAAUCUUAACGUGAUAGAAAGAAUGAGAAAAUCGGUAAAUUUAUUUAAUUUAUAAAAUUAUAACAACUACAGUUCUUUUCUAGUCGUUGAUGUAUCCACAUCGCUGUAUAAGAAUAUUUUCUUUAGGUCUAACCUAUAAACGUCGAAUACCGAAAUUAGGUUUCUAUUGAAGCACAAAAUAGAAAUUUCAAGAAACAAAUUCAACAUAACAUCCAAAUAUCUCCUUUUUUGGACAAUCUUACCUGAACUUUAGCCGUUUAUAAAGUACUCAUAAAUUGUAAAACUGUAAUUGUAUUUAGAAACCUCACGCAUAUAAUGGAGGUUUUAUAUGAUAAACAUUUAUUUCACAAAUUUGUAAGGAUUGCUCAAAAACACGUAGGUAUUUCCUAGAACCGUUUUUAUUGAAUUACCACUCGAUAUUUUUCGUUCAUCGUUAUCGCUUUCUCUUUCUUGUCGUCAACAGGUGAUAUGCGUUGGAUGAAACAAUACGCUUCUCGGCCAUGUUCGAACACAGAACCGGAAAGGGCUCUCUUACGCGGAUUGCUCUGUAGGAAAGUAAGGUUUCGGCAAGCGUUCUUCAAAUGAGCACUCUGUUUAUAUCCAGAAAGGUCAUCUGGUGUACUGUAUAGGUAAUAUUUUUGAUAUAAUAUUGUGAUUAUUAUUUAUACUACAGCGGUUGUUAUUAUGAUUAUUUUAUUGUAAUUAAACGUAAUUGCGUGGUGACAGGCCUAAAUGUUUACAGAUACGAUAAGUUUUGCAUUUGUUACGUUUCAUAAAAUAGUCUAGAAUGUUAUAACUAUUUGUGUGAUAGAACGAUGGAUAUAUUUGUAACCUUUGCGACCGUAAAUGUCCUUAGUUUUAGGUAUUUUCUAAUUAGGUUAGAGUCGAGCACAGGGUAUUGUGGUUAUAUAUAAGGAAAAGCGUUUGUAAUAUCUUGACAUGCGACAGUUUCCGGAUCAGCUCGCUCGAUACUGCCCCAAUACCCUCUUUAAAUAGUAAGUGUCCAUCUAAAUCUGUCUAAAUUAAGGUUUUUGACCGGGUUGGUGAAGCUUCAUCUUUAACACUAUACUAAAUAUAGUAUAAUGAUAUACUCCGCCUGGUAUUCUCUAAGACUACGUCAUGAUAUUUGUCAUACUGACAGCUCGUCAAUUCAUCGCUAUUGUCGUGUCUCUCACAUCUAUAAUAGCGUUGUUUCACUCGAAAAUAGUUUUGAGGACAAUCAUCGCAACUGAUAUAAUAUUCUUAUUAUUAAAACGCUGUCUAAUCUAUUCAUUAUGAUAUCAUAAAUGAUGUGCAUGCAGUCCACAGAGAGUAUCAUACUUACUGUACAUAGUACUUAUUUGUAGAUGCUGUUGCCUAUCCUAUGAAGGUCAGCUCUCGAAGGGCUUUUUGUAACCAAGAGAAGCGUCGCUUAACCCGGUCUGAUUAAUUCGAUAAGUGAAUAUCUGUUUCAAAUUCAAAUUAAGUAUGUACUAAGGGCUUCUAAAUUAUCGCAUAAUAAACACUCACUCUUUUGGCAUAAUAGAAAAUAAUACAUAUUUUUUUAAUAAUAGCAGAUGUUUAGUAUAAUAAUAUAGUUUUUGUCCAUUUAGGCAAUUAAAAUCUUUUUUUUUAUCUACCCUCAGAUCAAUAUUACAAACAGCCGUGUCCAGUUAUAACUGAUACUACCAAUUGGGCAACAAAAAUCUUUUUUCUAAUCUACCCUCAGAUCAAUAUUACAAACAGCCAUGUCCAGUUAUAACUGAUACGGCUAAUUGGGCAACCAAAAUCUUUUUUUUUAAUCUACCCUCUGAUCAAUAUUCCAAACAGCCAUGUCCAGUAAUAACUGAUAUGGCUACCAAAAUCUUUUUUUUAAUCUACCCUCAGAUCAAUAUUCCAAACAGCCAUGUCCAGUAAUAACUGAUAUGGCUACCAAAAUCUUUUUUUUAAUCUACCCUCAUUUCAAUAUUCCAAACAGCCAUGUCCAGUAAUAACUGAUACGGUUGGUUCCAUUCUGGUACUUAUUAUUAUUAAAUGUUGCUACUGUUUUUAUUGCUUGAAUUUGAUUAGUGUGCCUACCUUCAUAUUUAAAUUACGGAUUUUUACUUCGUAUAUAUUGUGUUAUUUUAAAAAUAAGUUAUCCAUGGCUCAUCUUUAUUUAUGAGUUGGAAUAUUGUAUUCUGGCAGCUUGUAUUGAAUAGAUUUUUAAUAAAUGUAUUACCAUUCAUUAUUCGCGAACGUAACAUAAGCUUCCAAGCUAUUUUGGCUACAAUUUUUUUAGUAAUUAUAAUGGAAAAAUAAGCACAAUGGUAAAAGUUAUGCACUCCAGCAAUAUGAGAGAACUGGUGUUGCAAAUUAAAUGUUUUUUUUUAAUUAUUAAUUGGCCAGUGUACCUAACUUAUAAUCGUAGUACAUAAAUAAGUAGUACGCCCAUGUUCACUAAGUCUCGUAACUAGCUUGUCUGAAGUACGAGCUAUGUUAUGCUGUACCGAAUACUUAUCUACCUCCGCAAGCCUCCAUUACGAUAUAAAUAUAGUUGUUUUGUUAUAUAUAGACAGCGUAAUUAUUAGAAGAAGCGUGGCGUAAGACGUGUUUAAUAAAAAAAUUGUAUGCGCUAGUUCGAAUCUUAUUGUAUUGAAUUUCAAAUUAAUAAACUAUCUGGCAGAAA